UCCUCUUGCAUUUUAAGAAGUCGAGCUUCAGAAAUAUUUAACUGUAACUGAAACUAUUGAUUUUUUAUUUAUUAUUUAUUGCAUUCUUCAAACAAAAAAAGGCUGAAAGUUUCGUCAAAUUUUUUAUGGAACUUCUUUUUAUGAAUUAACUACAUUGUGUCUCAUCAUAGCAUAUUUUAGACAUGCUUAAUAUUGAUAAUUUCAAUCGCCUCGGUUUGCAGUUUUAAAGGAUUUCUCACUAUAUGUUAUCAGUUAAUACAUUUUAUUUACAUUAGACAUGGAAGGUAGAAUCAUACCACAAACUCCGAUGUUCAGAGGAUAUCCACCUAUUAUUCAAAGACCAUUAAUUCCACUUGGGUUAGAUGCUUUGUAUACAGCAUGUCGACAAAUCUAUCCUGAUCAACCCAACCCUCUACAAGUUACUGCUCUUGUAAAAUUUUGGCUCGGUGGACCUGAUCCUUUAGACUAUAUCAGUAUGUAUUCUAAUCCUGGAAACCCUGCAGCCGAUAUCGAGCCACACUGGCAUUACGUGAGUUUUGGUUUGUCUGACCUACAUGGUGAUGGACGAGUUCAUGAAAUUUCUACAGAGGAAACUCCUAGUGGCUUUGGUUUUGAGUUAACUUUCCGUUUAAAACGUGAACCAAACGAGCGGGUACCGCCGACUUGGCCAGCUGCCAUAAUGCAAGCUCUUGCGAAAUAUGUAUUUCAAUCUGAAAACACACUUUGUGCUGGUGAUCAUGUGUCUUGGCACUGUCCGUUAGAUAAUAGUGAUUCCCGUAUACAGCACAUGUUGAUGUGCGAAGAUCCUCAACUGGGCACUGUCCAGACGCCUUAUGGCCCUGUUAUCUUCGUACAGAUAGUUGGGGUUUGCAAUGAGGAACUUCAAGCUGCUCAACAUUGGAAUGGCCCUGGUGUUAUUGAUCUCAUGAAAUCGAUCAAAGGUGCUGGGGGACCCUGGUUAAUAACAGACAUGAAAAGAGAUACAAGUAUCUUUGAAAUGGAUCCUAGUGUCCAAGGAGCUGUUGAUCAAGGUGUGGCCACUGACGGAUCUAAUCUCACUGGUGUCAGUGCUCGUUGUUCUUGGACAGAGAGGAAAUUGAUUAAAGUUGAAGACGAUGAAGAGUCGGAAUUAGAGCGGGGUUUUUCUCAAAUCUCUGUUAGCGAAUCCGAACAGAUCAAAGCGACAUUGAAAAAAGGAUUAAUCAACACUAAGGCAGCCUUACCUCCGAUUCGUCAAAAUGAUGAUGGUUACUCUUUCCCUCCUGAUGACAAUCAACGGAAAGAUUUAUUUUCUAACUUUAAUGGUGACAUGCCAGUUUUAGGUCCUGCUGAGCUAAUGCAGAAAAGAUUUCUAGAGGGCAUACAUUUGCGAUUCAAUUUGGAAGCUGGUUCUUUAUUGUCCUUGGCUCUCCAAGGCAGAUUAAAACAUGGGCGACAUUUUACAUUUAAAAGUGUAGUUGGAGAUACUAUCAUUACAUUUGUUCCUGUGAAUGUUACUGGUGCCUUUGUAGAUGAAGAACAUCCUUAUGCAGCUCAUGGACCUUGGUUGCAAGUUCUUUUAAAAGAAGAAGACAUUGAGUGUAUGUUGGCAGAAUUGACAGAGCUUUCAGAAUUAGAUGCUUUUGCACUUCCUAAAACAUUUGAGUGGUGUGAUAGAAGACUAAUAGUCACUUUAAUGCAUGAAGACUUUUAGUACACAAUAUAUUUUGGUUAACAAACUAUUUUUAAUGAAUUCAUGCAUACCAUAAACCUUUUUUUCACGUUUUUUUUUUUUAUAGAAAAAUCCUACUUAAAAUUAUUUUGCUUACUUGUAAUCAUUUUUAUUGAAAUUAUAUACUAUAUAUUAAACUUAAAUAUUUUGGGGAUUUUAUGUGAUCAUGUAGCUUUUCUUAAGUUUGUUAUAUGAAUUAAAUUUAUUUUUUGCUUCUUUCGAUAGCAAUUGUGCUCAAUCAUUAUUUGUUGUGCAAUAAUUUUAUCCAUUUUAUGUUUCACCAGAUUUUCACAUGCAUAUUGUUAUGCGAACUAAUUUAGGUUGUAUUAUAGAUGUUAAAUGUGGCAUGAUCAUGUAAUUAAAAAAUUACAGAUUUUAUACUGUUUGUAUUGAUAAAUUGUAAAAACUGGGUUCAUUUUUGUGAUUGAUAAAUAAUAAGAAUGUAGCUCUCAUUAGCUAAAAGAAUUAGUCUCCAUUAAGACUGAAUCGUUUUAAUAAAGUUUUAUUUAUUGUUUA